GUCUAGGAGUCGUUCGAGCGGUCCCCCGGGAGGAAAAGUCCCGGGCUAGCCGCAGUCUGGACGGAUCUCAAGUAGGUUUAGUUUGCAACACGAAUGAGCGGCACGGGGCGAGGACCUUCAGGAGCGGGCUCCAGCGGCUGGGCUGGGGGCCUGCCCUUCUCUGGAACGGGUUGGAGCGCGGGCUUCGGCACCUCAGGCACCGCUGGUGUGGGCUGGGGCAAUAUCCCUCUGGGCACUGACGCCUCAAACCCCCUGCUCGGCACUUCCGGGCUAGGCGGCGCCGCUGCCUCGGGGGGCCUAGGCGGCGUGCUAGGCGCCGGUUUGGGCGGCUCCGGAGCUGGCGCCAGCCAGCAGCAGCAGCGGCAGCAGCAACAGCAGCGCGUUGGGGGCCCGGUUGGCGGCAAUGCGACGGGCCUGUCGGCCGCCCACGCCGGCAAGGCGCAGCAGGCACAGCACCAACAACAGCAUGCUCAGCAGCAAGCGCAGCUGCAGCAGGCCGGCAAGGAGGCUGCUGCGGGCACCGCCGGGUCGGCCAUCGCCCGCCCCGGCCCUGGCGGCACGCCGACAGCGGCUGCCGGCGGCACCGCCAACGCCGCCGCCGGCGUGCCCGCCGGCUCUUUGGCGAACCUUGAGGCGUGGCUGCUUGCCGGCGCCGCCGGCGCACAGCCGCUGCCAACAGACCCGUUCGACCAGACCGCCGCCAACCGCGCCGCCGCGGCUGCGGCCGCCACGACCACCUCGGGCUGGGGUGCCUCGCCUCUUGGCACCAUCCCUGGCUCCAUGGCGGCGCCCGCCACCCAGGGCGCGUCGUCGGUGGCGGCGCUGACGGCAGCGGCGGCGGCCGCAGCCGCCGCUGCGAACAGCCAGUGGGCCGCCGCGGCGGGCCGCUCGCAGCUGGUUGGCCAGCAGGCGCAGGCGGCGGCGAAGCAGCAGCUUGAGCUGCAGGCGGCGGCACAGCAGCAGCAGGCUCAGGCACAACAGCAGGCUCAGGCUCAGGCGCAGCAGCAGGCGGCGGCGGUGGCGGCGGCUCAGCAGCAGGCGCAGCAGAGUGGCACGCAGCUGACGCAAGAGACGUUGCGCCUGCACACCAUGUACAGCCACUACCACCACAUGUUCAACUCAGCCUCGCCCUCAUCGCAGCCCCAGCAGCCGCAGCAGCCUCAGCAGCAGCAGCAGCAGCAGCAGCCCCAGCAGCAGCCCCAGCAGCAGCAGGCACAGCUGCAGCAGCGGUCCGCGGCCCCGGCGGCGCCUCUGCAGCCUCUGGCGCAGCCGCAGGCGCAGGCUGCGGCCCCGGCGGCGGCGCGCCAGGCGGUGCCGCCGCAGCCGACCAAGCUGCCGCCGGGCGCGGCGGAGCUGCCGGGUCUGCCGUCCACCAGCAGCGACGCGCCGUUCGAGGUGCAGUGGGAGUACCUGGACACCGCGGGCCAGGUGCAGGGGCCCUUCCCCGUCAGCCACAUGUACAUCUGGUGGUGCGACGGCCACUUUGACUCGGGCGUGUACGUGCGCUGCGUGGGCGGCUACUGGACCCAGAUCGGCCUGGUGGUCCGGGACAUCAACAGGGUGCUGGGCUACACGCCGCUGCCGCCGCCGGCGCAGCCCGGCACCGCCGCCAAGCGCGGCGCGGCGGCGGCGCCGGCAGGCGCCGUGGCGGCGCAGCCGGCGGGCGUGGCGGCGCCAGCCGCCACCACUGCCGCCGCCUCCGGAGGCGGCGGCUCGGAGGGCGGCGCCGGCGGUGCGCCGCGCAUGCAGGAGGCGGUGGGUUUGUUCUUCUGCGACAACAGCGCCGACCUGAGGUGGUACUACCUGGACGACAAGGGCGGGGUGCAGGGCCCCUUCGCGCCGGCGCGCAUGAUGGGCUGGUACUCGCAGAAGAACCUGCGCGGUGACGUGCGCGCCGUUGGGGUCAUUCUGAUCAACGCGCAGCAGUACGACGCCGAGCGGCGGGCGCCGGAGGCACUGGCGGCGGCGGCGGCGGGCCGCAACGCGGGCGAGCCCUGGUUCGUGCCCAUCAGCGCCCUACUGGACGUGAUCGGCGGCGGGCGCAAGUACCAGCCGCUGCGAUCGGACGACCUGCGCCGCGGCCGGCCACCGCCGUCGUGGUCGACGUUUGCGCCCUCGGCCGCGGGCGGCCCGGGCGCCAGCAACCCGCCGGGUGUGGGUGCGGGUGCGGGUGUGGGCCUAGGCGGCCGGCCGGCGCCGCCGCCGCCGCCCCGCUACGCCGCUCAGGACGUGCGGCUGGAUGGCGGACACGACAGGGACGGCCGCAACCGAGCCGGCCCGGGCCCCGUGGACGCCCGUGGCCCGCUUGGCCCCCGCGACCCCCGCGACCGCGCCGGGCCCGGCGCGCCGCUGGGACCCCGCGACGGCGGCCGCGACGGCCGCAACGCGCCGCCCAGCGGCGGCGCCGGCGGCCGCGAUGUGCGUGACGCCCGCGGCGACACCCGCGGCGGCCCCGGCCGCUCCGCGCAGGACAUCGUGGAUGAGGCUCGUGCCACGCGCUCGCGCCGCGACGCGCCGCCGGCACCUCCGGCGCCUCCGGCACCGCCGCCGCCGGCUGGCGGCCGCGGCGCAGCCGCGGCCGCUGGCGCGGCCGCUGCCGGCCGGGACGGCCGCCCCGCGCGCGGUGCGGCGGGGGCGCCGGCGGCCGCUGCCACCGGUGCUGGCGCGGGCUCGCAGCGCAACGGCGUGGCUGAGCUGCUGAGCCGCAAGGACAGCGGCGGCGGCGGCUCCGCUAAGGGCGCGGAGGGCAAGGCGGCCGCCAAGGGCAAGGAGAAGGAGAAGGGUGCCGAGAAGGAGAAGGAGAAGGAGAAGCCGGAGAAGGGUGACAAGGGCUCGGGUUCGUCCGAGGCGGGCAGUGGCGGUCGCGGGACCGGCAAAGACAAGGAGAAGGAAAAAGGCGGCAAGGACAAGGCGGAGAAGGGAGACAAGGGCGAGAAGGGGGACAAGGAGAAGCGGGGCGGCGAUCAGGCGGCGAAGGCGGCGGGCGUGGCUGAUUCUGCCAAGGCCGCGGUGGUGCGCAUGCUGGGCAGCAGUGGCGCGCCCGGUGCCGCCGCCGGUGGUGGGGCUGCGCCGCGCAAGGACGGCAAGGACGGCAAGGGCGGCGGCCGCGGCGUUACGGUGGCGCUGCGGGCCGAUGAGUCGGGAGACGUCAAGCUCAGCAUCAGCGUCCGCUCGCCCGCGGCGGCGGAGGUCGCCGAGCCGGGCAGCGGCAAGGGUGCGGGUAGCACUGGCGGUAAGAGCGGCGGCGGCGGCGGCGGCGGUGCGGGCAAGGUGGAGUCUGCAAAGGCGGCCGCGCCCGCGUCCGUUUCUGCGCCCUCUGCGGACGCAGCUGCCGCCCCACCCGCGCCGGCUCCCACUCCGAAGAAGGAGGCUCCAGCGGCCGAAGCGGUGCCACCGCCGCCUGCUCCGGCUGCCAAGGGCGCCGUUGCGGUGGUGCCUGCAGCGCCCGCUGCAGCGGCGGCGCCGUCUGACGGCGGUGUGGCUCUGUCGCUUGCGUCGGACGAUUCCGGCCGCAUCAAGCUGCGCAUCCGGGCAUCAGGCGGUGAGGAAGCGGCGGCCAAGCCGGCGGCGGCCAUCGCUAGCCACUCGUUCGCCAUCGCCGAGGACGACGAUUGAACGGCUGGAGGAGUCGAAGAGCACGAGGAAACGCAGCUGAGCGGCCGCAACAUGUGCGUGUGACGCAGCUUUGCCGGCUCGGGAACAACUGCAGCCAGAAUUGAAGGACCGUGCAUGGUGCAUAUGUUGUCGUUGACCUGAGGCGACCACUGGGUUGAGCAGCGGUUGCUUGAGGGCCCGGGGAUGGCGCCUGGCUUUGUGCAAUCCGUGUCGGAUCGAGGGCAAUGUGGCAACCGCUUGCGGGAGCCAUUAGCUACCGACGGUGGAGCCGCGGGGCCCACACAAGGCACACGUCGGGCAUGCGAGUGUUCCUGUCAUCCUUUUGCUCCGGGUCGCGCAAUGUGGGACAGGGGAUGGGGCAGCUAUGCCCCAAGUGUCCAGGGUCUAUGUCAGAGCGGAUUACGCCGAUGUUGAAUUGACCGAACGAAAGAGAUGUGUUCCGUUUGCAAGGCGGUGCAUGGUAAAUCUGGUCGCAGCGGCAAUAGCUCGGCUCCAAAGAUUUGCCUCGCGGCGUUGCCACAGUGCCAGCUCCGUCUGUGUGAUGCUCGAUCGACAUUAAAGCAACGGCAUGGGGUAUGGCGUCGGCGGGGGCUCGGAAUCGAACGUUUAGGACGGGGCUCCCUUGUUAGAACACUGACAACGUUCGUGGCCGCAUCUGAAUUUGCCUGGUACCACAAGCUGCCAGUCACAGGCGAGGCAGAGGUGGAACGGGAAGGGCACAAGGCGACGCUGCAGCGGCCGUGAGAGUGUGGAUGGGCGGCGUGUGUCUGUUGCGCAUGUGCGGUUGGCACGGAGUUGAUGUGUUGCCGGGGACACUGCCAAGAUUGGGUGGGGCGACUCCGUACGAAGUGUGAACCGGGCCGCGGUGACCGGGUGGUGACGAAAAUGGAAGAGGCUGUGGCAUGCGGGGGUGGUUUUGUGGCACCUAUUGCCGAACGGCUGUGGGGGAAGGUGGGGUAAAUUGCGGUAGCGCCUGCCAGGGUGUGUGUGUGUGUGUGUGUGGAGCGCGGACAGAUGCAGGCCCCAGGAGGUCUCGGACGGAGGCUGUGUCUUCGACCAGGCGCUCUUUGCUGCGGCGUACGGUGCUGGUGUAUGGCUUGAGGCCGGGGCGCAAGGCGGGGUGGAGCCAUGGGCGACUGCUGGUAACGCCAUAUCGCACCAGGAGCCAACAAUGGGGCGCCGGACAAGGCCUCUUGGGGCGAUGGAUUCAAGUGUUGGGGCGUGGAGAGCUGUAGAGCUAGGGCCAGUGAGCUGCGGGUAUCACGCAUGAGCAGUGCCGAAGACACGAAGUCACAGACUCUCUGCUGUAGGGGCGAGGCGCAUGCCAGCCCCAGGCGCCCGCCCCAGACAAAUGCACUACUUGAACGAAUGCACUCAGCGCGUGCAUUCCGUGCAACAUGCACGGAAUGCAGCAUGAUGUACGGUCAGUUGUACUCUGCAGCGCAAGACUGCCUGUAACACAUUUACAGG